UAUUCUUGUGCCCGUUAACAUAUUCUCAAUUUUCUCCUGCAUCUGCAUAACAAUUGUGUGGAUUCACGCAAUGCCUGCUAAAUCAGUCGUAGUAUUUUUCCUUGCCGUGGUUAUCCUUCUUGUCCAGGACGGCAUUGCACAAACCAAACCUAUGACUUAUGAUUGCAAAAAGAAUGGGUUUUUCGCAAUAGAUACACAGACAAAGAAAGAUAAUUUUUGCCCCUGGAUAGCUGAAUUUUGUUCGGCCGGAUUUGUCGCAAAACCUGUCAACUGUCCUGUUGGCAAUUCCAUCUGCGACUUUGUCCGCUGUACGUUCAUCCCACAGUAUGGGGUUUUCUCGACCGUAUUUUACAAAUGUGCUGAAGAAGUGCUACCAACGGAUGACUUGUACCAGUUUGAUGAAGUCAAACAAGCAUGCUUUAUGCUGCCAGCAGCUGGAUAAGUUUCUGGGAUACAGCGUGGCUGAGACGAUUUAAUGGCUUCCGAUACUUCGUCAUUGUAACUUAAUCAGAUAUUGCAAAAACAAACUAGGCAAAAUUUGAAAGUGUCUUUCUUUUAAUUAUUUUUUAACUUAUUAAGUCCUAAGAGAUUCGCAGCUGACAUUUACAUACGAACUUUACUUACAUAGUAAGAUCCCCACUCGUAAGUUGAUGAUAAGUACAUACACACCUUCUUACUAAUUAGUCCACGACCUGGGAAAUAUUUCAAGCUCAACGACACUAGUGAUUCAAUCAGGUGUGAGACCACCAAUCUGAUAAAUAUUAUUCCUGAAACCGUCGCAGAAUGAAUUAUGAAAAUAUUUCAUACUUUUCUCUCUUUCUCUUAUUCUUACAAAUUUCCUUGUUAUUUCUUGCUGAAGCUACGGCCCAUCAAAAUGUGGGUGGAAGUGGGAAAGUUUUAUCAGAAUCGUCCAGCAGGAACCCGAAACGCAUGUACUGGCCAUUUGUGAGUUAUAUCGUAUCUGCCGGACCAUGCGGGGAUGGAGAUGGGAUUUGUUUACCAGGUGGAAAAUGUAAAGUCCAGGGUGGCCGUAAGAUCGGUGAAUGUGGGUCAGGAUUAGGAGAUUGUUGUAGAUUUUCUAUGUCCUGUGACGAAACCACGAGCCGGAGAGAGAUUAAUGAGAUCACGUCCACAAUCUCGUCUCCCUCACCAAUCACGGCAGAUUGCCAAUUCAUUGUGAAAAGGAAACCGAAGUACUGUCAGAUUAGGCUGGACUUUACAGAGUACAUAUCUAGUUCUGCAAAUUUGGAUGGUGUUUGUGACGUGGACAGCUUCACGGUCAAGGGAAGUUCCACAGUUUCUGGGGAGUUCACGACAUGUGGUACUUUGACAGGGCAGCAUAUGUACCUUGAAUUUGGAGAUUCCGACUCAAUCCAAAUAAUUCCAUCCUUCUCGUCCGGCGGAAAUAAUGCAAAGUACAGAAUUUUGGUUACCCAAAUAGCCUGCAAGUCGCCACAAAGAGUUCCUUCGUAUUGUCUCCAAAACUAUCCCAGUGGUCGCGGUGUCGUCAAAAGCUUCGACUUCCCAAAGCAGCAGCAAAACAAUCAACGAUACACCGUUUGUGUGGCGGGUGUCACGUCGGAUGCAAUUAUGUGGAAUCUCUGCUCCGCCGCGGACGCUGGGACAGGAAUCACACCAUUUUUUAUUUCCGGUCCAGCUCCUGCAAAUCAGGAUCAUAUCUGCCAUAACACGCGAGACUGGGUCCAACCGAACGGGAGGAAUCAGAUAUGUCUGGCCGAAAGUAUUCCACGAGAUGGGCUCGUUACCGCUAUGAAGCCAUUCACACUCAACGUCAACUUCAAUGACCACGAGGUUGAGCCACUCCCAUGCCCCCUGCUCUGGCAAGGGAUCACUGAUCCUGACCAAUGCACUUUGGAAGCAGUGCAAUUAGCCAAUCCCAACAAUGCCUGUGCAAGAACGCGACUUCAAUCCUGCACCUGGAUUAUGGCAGCGUUACGAUGUAUUUGCAACCCGAUUGAGUCGGACAAUGAGAACGGGUUGAGUAAUACGGGAUUUUGCUUAUCGUAUGGACCAAAGAGUGCGGUGGGAUAAGUCCAGUUCACGUAUUACGCUCUGGUUCAAUU